CACGGUGCAAUUCCUGCAAGCUCACCAUUGUUCUUUCAAGACGGUGCCGUCAAUGAGCAGAAAGUCAAAGCUCCUCUGAGGAACUAUCGAAACUAUGAAUCGACCACACACUCACCGAGCACUCGAAUCGACGUCUAGAAUCGAGAACAACCCUCCAAGAGAUUCCACGAGGAAGCCCGUGUAUACUCAUCCCUUGGAUCGUGGUCCUAUACACCUCCCAUCCAAUAGCAACUCUAGGCAUUCUCGCUCCCAUGAUGCCUCAAUCAUGAGGCAAAGCCAAAAUCUGACGGCUCCAGUGGCUGCACCCAGCAAAUCCACUUCGAGCGCCGUCCCACCGAACGUGGGCCAAGGGUUUUCAAUUAACUCUGCAAAUGCGACCUUUGACCCUCUACGUCAUUCCCUCAAAAGAAAGAAAUCAUCGAGCAAUAUUUCUAAUGCCGCUGAUCACUUGGGAUUCAGUGGAAUACAGCGCAGUGACCAGCGCGAAGUCCGGGCGUCUUCAAUUGCUUGGGGAUCCACCCAGGCAACCACUCCAUCUUCGUCCUCUACUUUAGUUCCACAUGCGACUACAACACACUCUUCUGGCUCUACUGCAAUGCAUCGUUCGAGGAAAGAGAAGGAGAAAGAGAAAGACAAAACUGUUAUCAGCAUCGAACAUCCGCAGCUUCCAUACCAUUAUCAACGACGACCUGUUUACCAGCCCCCCGAACUAUCUGAAAAGGAUCAAGUCCGGCCAACCGUUGAGAAACAAUACUCUGGCCCGUUGGCCAUUGCUGAAUUUGAUCGAAUGCGAAAGGAGCUUGAUGCGCUUAGGAAGAGUUUGGUCGAUACAAAGAAGACUGCAAAGAAGCAAGCAAAGGGGCUCUGGUGUGCCAACCUCUCUACCGAUAACAUCGCUGCCCAGCUCAGUAUCAUCAUCGUUUCACAGGCAAUCAAAGAAAGAGACCUCGAGAUAUGCACCGUCAAGGCGAAAUCCCGCAAAUCCGAAGAGGUAUAUCCAGCUAAAUUUAUUUUAAGCAUAUGCAUGGACCUUCCUCACAAACCUUUUGCACUAGCGCCUUGCGGCCACAUCCUAUGCCUCCUAUGUCUUCAAGAGUGGUUUCGAACUGCCCCUUCAUCUGCGAUUGAUGAAAUGUAUAUUGAUGAAGACGACCUGACCGACCCUCAAUAUAUCAUGAUGCGGUCCAAGUCUUGCCCCUGCUGUAGAGCCGUUGUUAAACGGAGACCUGUUCCGGUGUUCAUGGUCAAAGCUGUCGCUGCUGCUUUGAUAAAAGAUAAGCCUUCUUUGGCGGUUCCCAGGCCGAUCAGCCCGUCAGGAACUGGGGAAGAUGAUCCGUGGAAAGGAAUCUUUCCGCCCAGCGACGAGGACGAGGAGUCGUCUGAAGAUUCUGACGAGUUUGAGGAUGUGGACGAUUCGGAUUGGCCGGAGGUAGAUAGAUUUCACCACCGAGGAUUUCGGGUUGCAGCUAUGAGUGACAGCGAUGACGAUGACGAUGAAGAGGACUAUGAAGAUGGGGAGGAAGAGGAAGAGAGUGAUGACGACUCAAACGCUCCGGAAUAUGUGACUCCACAAUGGGAACCCCCCAGUGUGGAUAUCGACCCCGACGAUUGGGACUUCCAAGAUGAGGAUCCUGUCGCAACUCUCAAACUUCUCAGACGUGGUUGCUCUUGGGACAUGCUCCAGAACUAUGACAUCGUAUAUGCUCACUCCAUGGGGAUAAUUUUAUUCCUGCAUUCACUGGAUCAUCUUUACCGGGACGCAGAGGACAACCAAGCCGGAUAUGGGACUCGAGGCGGGAUGGGGUUGCAUCGGAUUUAUUUGGGUUGGAACAUUACCCUUCCCGCGGAUGAUUUGGACGGAGAGGAGUUCACGCUUGGGAUGCUGGAUGAGAUCAAGGCGCUCCCGGAGAGAUGGCGAAUUACUCCUCGACGUGAUUUCGCUGGUUUUUUCGAUGCUCGAAGAUUGGUAAGACGAGCUAGUGUAGAGGAUUAUAACACGACGGACACCGAUGCAUGGUUGGAUAACGAUGAGAUGGAGGAUGUAGAUAAUGACACGGAUUAGACGAUAGGCUUUUGUUUCUUGAUAAGGAUAUUGCAGAUCA